AUGUGCAAAAAUGCAGCUGUCAUGUUAGUGUCAAAAUGUGCUGUGCGAUGAUUUCACAUUUGCUGAAAUUUCCGUGAUUUUAGGGCGUUCGUGUUGUGAAUAAUGGUGGAAAAUUGUAGGGUGUAGUGCCGUGAGUUUGACUCGAGUGAAAUUAUCAAUGUCGGAUACCAGUGGGACGGACAGUUCGGAAGAAUUCUUUGAUGCAGAAGACAGCACGCCAAAUCGCAUCACAGGAAGGAAAAAAUCCCCCAAGACUCAUGUGAGCAGCAAAGAAUUUGUGUUUCCGGAACCAUCACGUCCUGCUCCCAGCAGGAAAACCCCACCAGACACCACUGCUGGCUCACGUGUCUCAUCCGCCACAAAUUCUUCCUCCUCGUCCACCACAGUUCAGCUGACACAGUUUCAACAACCAGCUUCCCUCCAGGAAGUCCUCAGCACCAGCUCCUCAACGCGGGAUGAUGAUUUCGUCAAGUCCAAACCCCAAGGAUUUGGUAGACAACGCUUCCGUGAGUUGCGCCAGUGCAUGCAAUACGACGAAGAUGAAAAUCCUGGCAACACUCUGACGCCAGAUUCACAGAAUAGUUCAGUUGAAGGUGUCUUCCCAACACCGAGACCAUCUCAUCCAUUUCGGAUCAUCGAGCAUGACACAGUGAGUGUUCAGAGUAUGACUUCAUUGGGACGUGUUGGACGCAUCUUGGCCGGAAGCAUUGAUCCAUCAGGUAUUAGUGUUGGACGAGAUUCGAAUCAACUGUCCUCGGGGGGAUCAUCGAAGGUGUCACCCCAGAGUGUUGGGGGUGGAGGGAGUGGUGGAAGUGGAGGUGGAGGAAGUGGAAUGGGAAGUUGUCAGGUGUUGGUGGAUCAGCAGGAGAGUGGUGGUGGUGCCCCUUUUGCCAUGGCUUCCAGUUCAAAGAGUGAUCUAGGUGAUAAGGACAAAGUGGUGGGUGACAGUAAUUCUCUCUGUGAGGGUGUUUCUGGGGCUGCUGCAGGGCGGAGAGAGGAGGAAAAUUGCAAUAGUGGAGGUGGGAUAAGUCUUCAGGAACCCGAUGUAAUUGCCAGCACAAAGUUAGCUCACUCAAAGACAACGGACAGUCUUACGUCGUCGGGUCCUGUUGCACCGCCCAGGCGGAAAAAGAAGGGUCGUAAAUUGUCUUCAAGUAGCUCUGAGCAAUUUAAUCUCAAUGAGGGUCUCAAGUUACCCCCAAAUGAUACUCAGAAUGUUGAGGUAUUGACUCAGGAGGAGGUACGGGAAGGCGGAGGAGGAGGUUCUGGGAUGGAUGGUGAGAGGAAUUUGGUGCAGGAAACACCAACAAGUGCAAAGAGACCACCUCAUUUGGGUUCAAUGGGACGUAUCAGUCAAUCCUUGGGUAGUUCAUCACCGUCAGUGUACUCAAAACCUAGUCCGUCUAAUAGUGCAAAGAGCAAUUCAGCCCCAGGGCGUGUAAGUUCAAUUGAUCCGAGUCAGGGACUCAAUCUCUACAAGGUGAUUAGGGGGCAGUAUGUGGUGAAGCCGCAGGAUGAGGAGGCCAAUAAGGCCGAAGGACCAUCAAAGGAGGAAAUUGAGAGGAUUGAACGGAUACGUGGUGAAAUUUUGAAUAGUACUCCAAGGGAGAGGGGUGUUAAUCUUUCGGGAACGGGAACCAAUAGCUUAGGAAGUGCCACAAGAUAUACAUCACGCAUGAGUACGGGGUAUGUGAAGGAGCGCAGAAAGUCAGCUGGAGAUGAAGAAAUUAUCAGGCAGAUGAAUGUUUAUGUGCGCACAAGAACAGACUCUGGCAAAGUUCUUACUGAUUUGGAGAUUUUACAGCAAGUUCCAGUGAAGAAUUUGGAUACUGGUGAGAAAUUUCCUCUGUCAGCUGUUGAGGAAAAAAUCCCAGCUACGGAUUUAAAUCCACUCUCACUCCAUAUCCUUCGACUUACGAGCCAUCUCGAGCGAGAAUCUGAUGAUGAGAGUGUCGUCGGACGUCCACCGGGUUCGGAACCACCGCCAAUUGACGAGGAAGAGGGUGAUGUUGAGGACAGGGGAAGAUUGAGGCGAAACACGGCACGUUUGAAGAGAUUCUUUGGGUCAACUGUUCGGAAAACUGUGGAUAAGGCAAAGUCAAUAGCAUCGGAAGUGUCCCAUGCGAGGCACAAGGAAGAUGUGGCAGAUGUCGUUGAUGUGGUCAAUCCCGAACAGAAUAUCAAGAUAAAGGCCUCGAGUACGAAUAAGGGACCUUAUGAAUUUGCCAAGUUGCAGCAUGUGCAGGAUUUAUCAGGUGAACAUACAGGAGCUGUUUGGUGUAUGAAAUUCAGCUCGUGUGGACGACUCCUGGCCACAGCUGGGCAGGACAAGGUGCUAAGGAUUUGGGUGCUUAAGGACGCCUAUCCAUUCUUUCAGGAUAUGAGGACAAAGUACAAUGCAGAGCAAAAAUCAUCUCCGACUCCGUCACAGGAAUCCCUCGUUUCGCACAAUUCUGCCGAGGAAGCCCUUGCGAUGGCAGCAGCAGCUGAAAAAUCUCCCGGACCCUUUAUGCCACGCUCCUUUUGCACUUAUACUGGCCAUACGUCCGAUCUGUUGGAUGUAUCAUGGUCCAAGAAUUACUUCAUCCUAUCCAGUUCCAUGGACAAGACCGUGAGGUUGUGGCAUAUUUCACGAAGGGAGUGCCUCUGUUGCUUUCAGCACAUUGACUUCGUUACGGCAAUUGCAUUUCAUCCGCGCGACGAUCGUUACUUCCUGAGUGGGAGUCUGGAUGGGAAGCUGAGGCUGUGGAAUAUUCCGGAUAAGAAGGUGGCUCUGUGGAAUGAGCUCGAUGGUCAGACGAAGCUGAUCACAGCGGCAAAUUUCUGUCAGAACGGAAAAUUUGCCGUUGUGGGAUCAUACGAUGGACGUUGCAUCUUCUACACGACGGAUCAGAUGAAGUAUCAUACACAAAUCCAUGUGAGAUCGACGAGAGGAAGGAAUGCCAUCGGCAGGAAGAUCAGUGGAAUUGAGCCAAUGCCGGGAGAGGAUAAGAUUCUCGUUACGAGCAAUGAUAGUCGAGUACGCUUGUACGAUUUGCGGGAUCUCAAUCUCAGCUGCAAGUACAAGGGUUACCUCAAUGUGUCAUCCCAGAUCAAGGCAUCCUUCAGUCACGAUGGAAAGUACAUUGUGGCUGGAUCUGAGAAUCAAUGUAUCUACAUUUGGAAGACGAAUCAUGACUAUUCCAAGCUCAGUUCAGUGAGAAGAGAUAGGAGUGACUUCUGGGAGGGAAUUAAGGCACACAAUGCCACAGUAACUUGUGCCAUUUUUGCGCCACAUCCGGAGGCGAUCAUUAAACCAGAGCCAGAUGACGAGAUUUCCCAAGAAAAUGCCCAGCCGACUGUUCCUGAUCCUCUGGUGGAGCAGCAUAAGAAGGGUUGUGGCUAUGUGCUUGUCAGUGCAGAUUUCAAUGGCGCUAUCAAAGUCUUCAUCAACAAGACAAAACCCAAGCACAGCAGUUUGCCAUACACAGCAAUUCUCGAUUAAAUGACACAAUUCCCAUGUGAAUCAGAAUAAUCUCUCCCCUUUAUUAGAAGAAAACAAAAAAAAACUUUAUGUGAUGCGCCAUUCUUCGUAGCAGCAGAGUCUUUUGCCCUCCCAAAAAAAAACAAUGUAAUUGGGAUUAAAAUUGUAGGUAGUGUUUUAACAAUUCGCAGCAUUGAAUUGCGCCUUUUUGCGACAUAAAAAAAAGAUAUUUGUUAAAUUUAGAAGAAGAUGAGAGAGAUGAUAGUCUCGCGAGAGAGAUCAAAAUUCAAAACACAUUUUUGUCACCUAGAAUGGAAUUUGAUUUUUUUGCUCCAUUCCUACCCCAAGUUUUGUUUUUUUUUUGUACACAUAUUUAUUAGCACAGCACGAUAACACGUGAGAUUUGUAAUUUGUUACCAUUAACUUUGUGCUCCCCAAGUGUAUUUAAUUCUUUUUUCCCAGAAGGAUAUAUAUUUUUCUUCUCUCUCGCCAGGUGAGCGAUUGAGAUGCAAAGUGGAUUUUAGGAUGUAUUUGAGGAAAUGUAUUUGUUGUGUAAUUAAUAUUAUUUGUAAGGAAAGUGCGGAUGAAUAAAAAAAAUGAGAAUAAA